UCCUAGCCAUUUGUUUCUCCUACCACCAAAACGAUUGACACUAUUCUUCUAAUUCCUUCGUCUUCUAAUAGCUAGAAGCAUCAUUUCGAUUUCAAAUUUUGUUGGUGUUUUCACUCGCUUUUGUGGUUUCACAUCCAGUCUAGGAUUAAUCUUUUUUUCUAGUCAUCAAUACAAAAAAAAAGUUGGUGUUUUCACUCGCUUUUGUGGUUUCACAUCCAGUCUAGGAUUAAUCUUUUUUCUAGUCAUCAAUACAAAAACAAAAACAAAAAAUAGUUGGUGUUUCCCCCUUUCCAUUCUUGUUCUCCCAUGUGUAAAAAAUAGUCCUUGUUCCUAGUGAUCAACACAAAAAACCAAAAAAUAUGUGCAUGUUCGAGUCGUUCCAAGAGAAAAAGAAUUCUAUUUGUUGUUUCCCCGUUCAUUGUUGUCCUUUCACAUCAACAAAAUACUCCUUGUUUCUAGUGAUCAAUACAAAAAUCAAUUGAUUGCACGCUUCACUUCGUCAUUGCUCUUCCACAUCUACACUGCAAUCCCGUUUCCUAGUGAUAAACAUUGAAAAAAAUAUCAUUUGUGUUUCCCUUUACCGUUGUUUUUUCAGAUCUGCAACUAUUCCUUUUAUCUAGCUCUAUCUUUUGAUUGAUAAAAAAAUACAAAAAAAAAGUCAUUGGCUUUCCAUCAUUGCUAUUGUGUUAUUCUUUUAUCCAGAAUUUGUUCACUUUCUGCGGAUAAAUACCGAAAAAAAUAAAUCUUUGGUUUCACCCCACUGUUGUUUUUCCACAUUUAUCAUUGCUUGCUUUUCUAGUUACCAGCUCCACCAGAAACACCAAAAGAUUGUUGGCUUGUCCCAGUACUGAGAUAUUUCAAGUAAAUAUGGUUGAGGUCAUUUCUUCACAUCCGUAUUACGGUGCCUAAUUCAACCACCAGGACCAUACAAGGAAGCUAGUCUGCAGCUUUUAAGCAGAAACAUGAACACUUAAUGUUUAUACUAUACAAAGUUAUCCCCAGUUCAGGUUUCUUAGCCGCUGAGAGGACCGUGGAAGGAAAUUAGCUGUAGCUGUCAAGCCAAGUCAAAGGGAAUUAAUAUUCGUUUGCCAGCCUUCAGUUUAAGUGUUACUCAAUAUUGUUUCUUGGUGAUCUAAGAUCCUGCAUGUGACAAGUUAUUCCCGGUUCAAAGCUUCUCAGAAGGCCAGCCCAGAGCUGAGAGGUCAAUUUGUGCAAACUAGCAAGUGUGGUACACUACUGAACCGGGUCAUGGCAUCAUCUUCAUGGGAAAAAUGGCCCGAUCAUGUGCGGGAUAAAUGGCGUGAUGAUCUGAGAGAUAUAGAUUUUUGGUUUAAUGGAUACCUUAAAACGGAGGCAUACAUUUUCUUGGUGUAUCAACCGUUCUUAGGUCAUAAUGUUUGUUGGAAUGUUGGGGUGGGGCCCAUGGCUUCAUUCACACGAGCCAUAUCAGGCAUGGCCGUGGAGGAAGUGCUUCAAUACUACGCAAACUUCGAACACGUGAUAAAGGUUGAUGUGAAGCCCACGCCAACGGCAGAGGAAGCCCAAGGAAGAGGAUUCAUGAGCACAAAGUACCAGCUGGCCGUCGCUGCAGCAAAGGAGCUCGGCCUGCUCGGCCAAGAUUACAUUAGAAUCAAAGAAACGCAAGACGAGCUACAGUAUUACAACUACGGGUCCUAUGAUGAUGCUACCUCCGCAGAUUUGGCGAGUCUCGUGCGGUACACUAUAGUUCCUCAGAUCAUCAAACAGUUGGCAGCCGAGAGGUACUUGCUAGUGGCUGAGAACCUCCAGUGGCCAAUUGAGCCUGGCAGUUUUACACGGGAUUGCGGGCUUCCUCUGCCCGAGUGGGCAAAUUCUCGUUGGCUCAUCUCGACCACUUCUCAUGAUGCCUACAACAAGAGCAAGUCAGAAGGCGAUCAAGUUAUAUCCAUUGACAAAGAUGAACAUGUUGUGGUGCUUAUCCUCUUUGCAAUGCAUCAAUCAGCAGAGCACAUACACGGUGCGAUGCGUCAAAAAAGCAAGCAGUACUGGCAUUGCAUAGCCCUCCAAUGCUUCCACUACGCCAUGGCAGUGUUUGGCAAACAUUCACACGUUGCAUCUAUUACCUCGGACGAGCUCAUCCACCACUGGGCCGCCCAGGGCAUCUUGCCAUAUAUGGCCAUCGAGGAAGAAGAAGAAACCAGCACCAUCAACACCAAGUUUUCAAAUAUGCAUCGAAUUGGAAGGGUCAUCCUCGAAGCAUUCCAUAAGUACUCUUUGUUGCAGCUACCCUUUUCUCCUGCAACUGAAGCUUAUGAAGCCUCCAAUACCGGCGCACAAUUCUUUACAUACCAUGGCCUCAUUGCAGAAGACAUCACAGUUGAUGAACUCUUUGGUAAGAAGAAGCAAUGGAUUUCCUUCUCCGGUGACCAUGGAUGGCAUGUAAGCCGAGAAUGGUGGAACCCAGAGGGAACAAGGGGCACAAGUACACUUAUCCUAAGAGGCUGCUCAGAUCAAUCACUCAUUCUUUCCAAGCUAGACCAUUUCUUGCCAGAACUUUGUUUUCUUCUUGUUCUUGAUCUGUCCUACACUCCAAUAAAAGCACUCCCUUCUUCCAUUGGUUAUCUACAGAACCUUCGGUUGCUCUCACUUAGAGGUUGCCAUGAUCUGAAAACUCUUUCCAAUUCAUCCACAACAAAUGCCACAAACUCAUCAACAAAUAUUAGUUCAUCGUCACCAUUGUCCACUCUAUACAAGCUAGAAAUUCUUGAUAUGAAUAGUGUUCCUGUUUCUCAUCUGACACAAGAUGUGGCCAACCAAAAGAGCAAUCUGAUUUAUCUCGACAUGUCCUAUUCGAAAAUAACUACUUUCCCUCCCACUUUUUUUGAGGACAUGUCAAAUCUGGAGGAGCUUAUUAUGACAAGCUGCUCUAACCUUGUGGAGCUACCUCCUUCAAUGGCUUCUCUAUCCAGCCUAACGGCCCUUGAGGUCACAGGGACUCAAAUAAAAUACUUCCCGCAGAAGAUAUUUGAAGAAAAUAUGCAGAAGCUACGGUCUUUGAAGCUCAUUGACAACAAGGAAUUGAUUUCACUCACAAGUCCAAUCUCUGGUGUCCAGGUAGUCAAAUUGGAAGGGCAUCCUAACCUUACAUCCUUCAUGUUGGUUGGCGCACCUCACAUAAGGUGCUUGUCUCUACGUGGAUGUAGAAAACUUGAGUCUGUUGAGAUCAAUAAUCUUGGUGCCUUGGAGGAGAUUGAUUUGUCCGGUACAGCUACCAAGGAGCUCCCUGCAGAUAUCCCUAACCUUCCCAAGCUUAGGCGAUUGCUCUUGCUGGAUGUUCCGUCUCUGAGGCGAUUUCCUUGGCAUAGGUUGGAGCGACUUCCUGAUGUGUUUUACUUGGAUCAUUGUUCAGAAGGAAAUGGUAAUCACUCUAAUCAAGUUUCCCAAGUGUGUGUUACUGACCCAAGGUUCUUCCAUAGCUUCCGUGACACUGUUGUGGAUUUAGUAAGGCGUGGACAAUUUUUCCAAUCAUUCUAUAUUCGAGUCGCACCAUGCAUUACAAAUAGCAGACGACUGCAAGAUGAAGAAGCCAUGCUGGAUACCAAGUUGCGAGAGUUGGUGCAGAAGCAAUUAACUUAUGUGGAUGUGCAUAGCAGUUGCGAUGCAGAGGAAAUUUCAAUUGCAUCAGCAAUUACAGUUCCCCUUAACCGAACUGAGCGCCACGUGGAGAUCACGGGGACACAGUCGGCAAUUGAUGGUUUAUGGUAUCUUCUAAGUGUCACCAAAUCAAUAUCGAUGUCAUGUGCUACUGCUAUUGACUAUUUUCCUUACGAGAUCAAUUUUCACGAGCUGGAAGAAUGUGAGCUACGUUGGUGCCAUAAAAUGAUAGGAGUUCUAUAUUACCCUCAAGGCUUGAAAAACCUACGCAACAUGCAUGUAUGUAAUCUCAAAAGUCUAGUUUGGUUCUGUUUAGAGUAUAGGCCCUGUGACUUCAGUAGACUAGAGCACCUGCACUUAGAGGACUGCCCAAGAUUGGAGCACGCGGUGCCACAUACAGCAACACUACCGCGUCUCAAGACACUUGACAUCUUGUUCUGCUACAAGCUCAAGACAAUUUUCAUCAGCAAUUGUACACAAGAGAAUACUUAUCAGCUCCCAAGCCUCCAAAGGAUACGUCUCCAGGAGCUGCCACUGCUCCAGCACUUCCACAACAACGACGCCACCAUCACAGCACCUGUGUGGAAGGAGCUCCACAUCCGAGGGUGUUGGAGCCUCCGACGCCUCCCGCGCCUACAAGGACGCCAGCCGGAGACUGUGAAGGUGAACGGCGAGAGGACCUGGUGGAGGAAGCUCCAGUGGGGCUCGCCCCUGCACUGCGGCAACUACGACCCCAAGCUUCCCCCAAAGUUUGCCUCCUUCGACAAGUCUGCCAAGAUGAGUAGCUACCUCAGAUGAAUCAACCCAGUCUCCAUCAACACAUCCAUCCAUCCAUCCCUUGUGCUCCAUCAUACGGCCAUGUUGUAUAUAUGCCAACCACUCUGGUCUGCAAGAUGAUACUUAUCAGCUCCAAAAGCUACGUCUCCAGGAAUUUCCACUGCUGCAGCACUUCCAUGACAACGACAUCACCAUCACAACGCCGGCGUUGAAGGAGCUCCACGUCCGAGGGUGUUGGAGCCUCCGAUUCCUCCCACGCCUACCUAAGUGUUCCACCAACCAUACACCACCGAGUACCUUCCUCAACACUACCUUAUUAACAGUGUUCCACCAUACUCUACAUCCAUAAUGUAUAUGUCAACUACCAUUGUGUCGUUCGACCCCCUUGUCUCUAUAGUAUGCAUCCAUAACAUACAUGCCACCUAUGUACAUACCCCUGCCUCCAUAUACACCUGCAUGUCAUCCAUUUGAUUUUAGAGUUUUUUGCAAAUAAAAGUCCACUUUCCUUGGUUAUUGUUGACGGACCACUUUGUCCCCCGUGGAAUCGUGUUUACUUUUUACUAUUCCAACGCAUUUUAUUGGAGUAUCAACUACUUUAUAUUUGGUGAUGUACGGGGGUCAUUUGGGUUGUAAAAUAUGUUAGAUUAUCAAGUGUGGUUUGUACUGCCAGGA